CUGAACGCUCGGCUAUAUAAGGAGGUGAGUUUAUCCGUCCCCCACAGUCCAUUAUUAAUUACUGUACGUGUGUCGUCUGCGUGUCAAACCGCCAACACUUACCCCAGUCGAUUGUGCAGCGAUCUUAUUAUGAAUUUAAAGGGCGCGGUGUGUUGCGGGACGCUGGUGGCGCUGCUGCUGGCGGCCUGCGUCAGCGCCGAGCCUCGUUACGCCAGGCCCGGAGACCACGAGCCCAUCCCGCACCCGCGCGCGACGCCUGACCGCCUGGCGCGCCGCGUGUGUUACUACGAAACGUGGGCCAAGUACCGGCCCGAAGAGGUGCAUUACGACAUCGAGGACAUCCCCGGGGACAAGUGCACCCACCUCAUCUACUCCUUCUGCGGCGUGUCCAACGUGACAUGGGAGGUCCUCAUGCUGGACCCGGAGCUCGAUAUCAACGCCGAUGGUUACCGGCGGUUCGUUGCCCUGAAGGAGAAGUACCCCGACGUGAAGACGAUGAUAGCCGUGGGAGGCUGGGCGGAGGGCGGCAAGAAGUACUCCCAGAUGGUGAGCGUCAAGGAGCGCCGAGACACUUUCAUCAGGAGUGUUGUCCAGUUGCUCACGGACUACGGUUUCGACGGCUUCGACCUCGAUUGGGAGUACCCCGGAGCGACUGACCGCGGCGGCACCUUCGCUGACAAAGACAACUACCUGAAGCUGGUCCAGGAGCUUCGCGAGGCCUUCGACGCCGUGGGUAUGGGCUGGGACUUGACCGCCGCCGUGCCCGUCGCCAGGUUCAGACUGCAGGAGGGCUACCACGUGCCCGAGCUGUGCAGCCUACUGGACGCCAUACACUUAAUGACCUACGACUUGCGCGGGAACUGGUGCGGGUUCGCGGACGUCCACUCCAUGCUGUACAUGCGGCCUGGCCUCGACGAGUGGUCCUACGAGAAGCUGAACGACAAUGACGGUAUGCUGCUGUGGGAGGAGUUCGGGUGCCCGCGCGACAAGCUGGUCCUGGGCACGCCCUUCUACGCCCGCACCUACACGCUUGGCAGCCCCGACAACAACGACCUGCACGCGCCCAUCAAGAAGUGGGAGGGCGGCGGCAAGCCAGGCCCCUACACCAACGCUACCGGCACCCUCGCCUACUUCGAGGUUUGCAAGAUGAUGCUGGACGACAAUGCCUGGGUGGAUCGCUACGACGACGUGGGACUUGUUCCCUUCACGCACAAAGAGGACCAGUGGGUGGGCUAUGAGGAUCCCGAUAGCCUCCAGAUCAAGAUGGACUACAUUAAGGAGCAGGGGCUGUUGGGGGCCAUGACGUGGGCUAUCGACCAAGACGACUACCUGGGCUGGUGCGGCCGCGGCGUGAACCCUAUGAUGACGGUUCUCUACGAGGGGAUGAAGGACUACAUCGUGCCCGUGGCCCCCACCGUCACCUCCACCACCACGAGCCCGUGGUGGACGCAGCCUACCACCACCACCACCACCAGGGACCCCAACGAGUCCACCACUACGCGGGACCCUAACCAACCUACCACCACUCUGGGCCCCAUGGACUGCAGCCUGGCCGCAUACUGGCCCCACGAGGACUGUGACAAGUAUUACUGGUGCUACGACGGCGUGCCGCACCUGGAGCAGUGUCCCGACGGCACCGUGUGGAACAAUGCCGGGGCGUACUGCGACUGGCCCGAGAACGUUGACACCUCGAACUGCAACAUGCCCGCGUUCGCGCUCCAACCCAAACAACACGAUGGACCCCCACCCACGACCAAGCACAUCAAGCCCAAAGCUCCAGUCAAGCCCAAGGAAGCCCAUCCCGCCCCGCCCAAACAUGAAGCUGUCCUCAAAGAGCAGAUCAAGCAUAAGGAAGCCCUCAAGGCUCAAGCCAAGCCCCUGGCCCAUGCUAAACUCGCCGCAAAGCUUAACGAGGUCGACCAUUCUCACCCCAAGAGUAAAAGUGCCUCUCACCCCAAGGCUGUUCCCAAACCUAAGAACGUCAAAAUCCCCCCUCUAAUGAAGGUACUAAAUAAGCUACCCUAAGCGCCACCAUAACCCAGGCGGCAAGAUAAUGGCCUAUAAUGGGGUCAUUUAGAGCACUGUACAUACAACAAACUCCUCUCUAUGUUUUGUUUCUUGACCCAAAUGUAGUUCACAUGUACUUAAAUAUCCAGAACGGUGCUCUCAAUCUAAGUAUUUGGAUGUUACGACUCAGACCAGCAAACUACCACUAAAUAAAAUUUUAAUUACAAA